CUCAUCCACAACUAAACUAAUACUUAUUUCAAUAAAAGUGAGAUUUUUGGGCUUACCAAGAUAACGGGAUAUACUAGAUUCAUUGUGAUAAUAAAUAACGAGAGAGUGGUCGGUGUCACAGGGACUAAAAAUGUAUCCACUCGGAACUCUUGCCAUAAUUGUGAUCAGCCUUGCGAAUCACUUGCACGCUGUUUCUCAAGAAAAGCCUGAAGUACCAAUUACCGGGCCAUCAGUGAUUCCAAAUCUUGAAAAUAAAAGAUUUUCACGACUCCUUCACGACAAUGCUGCGUCGCUCCAGUUUUCAUCCAUCUCUAACUUAUCACCCCCUCUUUCUGGGCUGCCAAAAGAUUUUAAAGAGUCAAAAUCUAAAAAUCCGAAGAAAGUGAGCUUGAGCAUUUCUCCGACGAAUUUUGGCCGUCGCACAUUGGACUAUGAUGACACUGACAGCUUUGAUGAAAAUGGGGAACCUUUGCAGCGAGUCAUCACUGCCCCACAAGCAGGAAAUGAAUACGUUUAUAUUCGACAAGGAGGAGUACAAACGGAUCAGCAACAAGCAGCCGCUGCGAGUGUGACCACCAUCAACAAGCAACCUUUAAGUCAUCGUGUUCCACUAACUUUGCUGAAACAAAGCAAUGGGAAAACUGUGAACUUGAGCCCAAUUUAUUCUGAGGAAAACGGCGGAGUGCAUGUCCCGUUGUUUUACCAGGAUAUGUUGAAUGGUAAAUCGGAUAUUGCAAAGGAAGAUACUGCUACCACCGUAGAUUUAGAUGACCAAGGGGACAAGGAAGAGACUGAAGUCACCACUUUCCCCACACUGCAAAAUGAUGAUCCUCAAAUGGUCGUCAACGUUGUCACUUCUGCACCUCGUAUUGAAGUUGAAGGGCAAAACGAGACUGUUUCCCCUGUAAUCGUUUCUGCAGCGAAAACCCAAUCAACCCCCGUGACGACUUCAACUACUUCUGCAACGACAACAACGACAACCAAGCCCGUGCUAGUGUCGACCAGCACAACUCCAGCAGGGGAUGACCUUAAGGAAAAUUUAGUAGUCCAGUCAUCCCGACGAAUCGGCGCUUUCCCCGACUUUGAAGACUCUCCAGCUCGCCUUCAAGCAUCAGAGAGUAAUGCGCAGCCAGCACGCGUAAAUGUUAGACCAGCCUCCUCUGGAAACGAUUACGAAUUCGAAUAUGUGUACUAUUAUUAUGACGACGAACCGGAAAUUUUUCCAAACAGUACGGAUAAAACGCCUGGAGCACACAAAAAGCUCGCUUCUGAGAACGGAGUUGGAGCAGCUGGGAAAGUCCCCGUCGCAGCGGCAUCUCCAGACGAUUUUGAUGAUGAGGACCUCGAAGAUGACCUUCCUCGUGCUGCUGCUCCAUCAAGGACUUCAACGCCCGCCACAACAACCCUUAGACCUACAACACCAACCACUACAACAACUACCAGAAGAGUCACAACCACCGCAUCAACUACAACGCCCACUACCAUUCGUGUUGUUUCACCUGCAGACAAAUUCUCCACGAGCGGUGUUAAUGAAAUCUCACGAUCUCCAAAAGCACUCCCAUCGGAUAAAGUUAGCAGCAGUCCAGAAGCCGACUAUAAAUUUGAAUCCGGGAAUUUUGAUCCAGAAUUGUACGAGUAUGAGGACGAAGAAGUCCAAGUGAGAGCAAAGGGUCAACCUCAACGACAACCUUCUGAAGAGGAAGAAGAAGAAGAGGAUGAAAAACCUGUGGCAAUGGUCGUGUUAGGUCCAACGGUUGCAGCUACAUUGACUCCCUCCUCCUCUUCCCCAGCAGAAGUACCAGAAAGUUUGGUACAGAAAUCUCAUCCUGCCUCCGUUAAUACUCCCAUCGUUUUGAAACAAUCCAAUCUUCUCCAAUCCGUUCCAGCAUCUCGACUCCAACAACAGGUCCAAGCAACGCAAGUCCCUCUUACCACAUCCUCUACAACAACUUCAGUUAGUGUGGAAAGUGAACCAUCGUCAACUAGGGCAAGCUCAAGCAGAUUCCGUGGUGGGUCCCCAAGAAUUCGGGGAGAAGUGAAAGCAGAGACUGAAACAUCAUCCACUGCCAGCGUUGACGACACAGAGACUCCAACUCGCAGUCGACCACCAACUUUCACCAGAGGACGAAUUCCAUCCCGCCGUCCUGCCGUGGAGUCUAAUUCCGCACCCAGCACAGAAUCUCCAGAAGCCGUGUCAUCCCCUCGACCUUCGCAUGCUCGUUCUCGAUUCCCUUCAAGAAUAGCAACGCCGACUGCUGCACCUUCCACUACAACGACCACCACAACUCCUGCUCCAGUCAUUAGGGUUGAGUCACAGUCUCAGACUGUAGAAGAACAUGAUUCAGAUGUCAAGGACAAUUUCGCAAGAAAUAAAGCCACCAACGACUUGUUCACAUUCACAAGACUUCAACAGGCCAUCAGCUCCAGAACUCCUGCUAGAAAAGAUCUAGGACAUGGCCCAGUGUUCCCCAAACAAACUUCCAGCUCAUCUACUUCAAGCUCUAGCAGUGAACAGAGCACUGAAUCAUUUGCUAGCUCGGAAGCCACCACAUUGUCCUCAGUUUCUGAAAUUCGAGUCGAAGAACACAUUCCAGCAAUUACGACGACUACGACGACUACGACGACUACUACCACAACUCCAAAGCCUGCAACGCUGGACAAAUUUGGUAAACAACGUAAUCGAUUUGGAACUGGAAGAGUGCGACCAUCCACACCUGCGGCCGAUUCUGACAGUCCAUCAUCUACAACUGAGGCCACGUCUAGAGCUCCCAGUCGAGUUCGAUUCGGAGGAGGACGACGAAGACCAACUUCAAACACUCCUGAAGCCAUUAGUGAAGGUACUUCAUCAUUGACCAGCCAAACAUCAGAGCCUGAAAAGCCAAGAGUUAUCCCAACAAGAAAUCGAUUCAGUGGACGCACCCGACCAACAACGGAGGCCUCUACAACUAGUUCUGGAUAUGAGAAAAAACCUGAAAAUGCGGAAUCUGCAUCUCCAUCGCCUGUUGGUGCAAGAAGACGACCAAUUUUCCAAGGUCGUAGAAGAAAUCCAGCCGUUUCAAACGCAACUCAAGAUGCUGGUAACGAUGCAUCCCCAAGCUCGGACCCUGUACCAUCUCCUUCAACUCAAGUUUCAGAUGCGUCACCUGUUCCCGAUUCUGAACGUAAACGACCUGGAUUACCAAAUGUUCAGCGACGACGACCCCAAGUUGGUGGACCCCGACGAGGUGCAAGAAUAGGAGGAUCUACGUCCACAACGGAAAAAGUGACGGAUCCGGCAGUAGAACAGGAUGCGGAACAAACUGUUGCUGUUGUUGAAAACAGUGAGCCUUCAACCUCAACAAAGCUUGCUGUCCAAACACCAACGGUGGAAAACCAACGAGGAACCACGGGAGUUUUAGGUCGUUUAAGAACAAAGCCCAGACUUGUUGCAACUACGACCACAGCCGCUCCUGAAGUAGUAGCGAAGGACAAGAAACCCAGUCGACUAAACGGAAUAUUGAACAGAAGAAAGCCAGGAACACUUGUAUCUCAAUCCGUGACCACUGCAGCUCCCGUAAAACCUGAGGAACAUGAAGGGAGCGAAGACACUAACAAUGCUCAAGAGCAAGAUGAUGCUCAACACAAGGGUGUUGUAGUUCAAGUGUCCAGCAGCGUUACAGAGUCUGAAGAAGUCCAUCAGGGAGAAGAGACCGAGCCAUCCUCGACCACUGCACCUUCAAUUCUCAAUAGAUUAAAGUCUCAAAGAAAACCUGGAUCAAUAUUUAGAAAAAGAACCGAGCCUCAAGAAUAAUAAAAAUCUGCGUGUAAUUUAAGUCAUACUAGAUUAUUAACAAAGAACGGAUUAGACUGGAUAACUCCAUUACCUACACACAUGGGUGAAAGCGUUGUUUUUAAUUAAGAAAGAAGAAUACUUAGUACUUACAACUCAACGACGCAAAAUUGUUUUUGGUAUUUUUUAUAAUUUGAUACUUAAUAAUAUUGUGUUAAUACUUCAUUAUUUUGUUAUACAAAUGCCAAGGAUAAUCCAAUGAAGCCAUAAUUUUGUACUCUA